GCAUUAACCCCAAGGCCCAGUCAGUUUCUCCAAGGCAGAUCUGACCAACUGCUGCCUGGAAAAUUUGGGGUAGUCCUGGCAGAACUCACAUGGUAGUACAAGGUGGGGGAGCCAGUCAGCCUCCACCCUGUUGUGUUCUAGUUGUAGAAAUGUAUUAACUCUGUAAUAUUUCUCCAGUUUCCUUAUUUAGAGAGAAAUAACAAUGGUGGUUGUUGUGAGAUCUUUAACACAGUGACUAGUAUAUACCAAGUACUAUAUUAUUUCUCUAACUGAGUGUAAUUGUUCUGUUUGAUAACUUUAAAGUGGUUUUUAAAUACCAAAAGUUAUAAAAGAUCAAUGACGUUUAUGUGAUAAUUUGGAAAUACAAUUGAUGUCAUCUGAAAUUGAUUGUGUUACUGUAUUUCUAACUUACUGUACUUAGUUGGGGCCUCAUUAAGGCCUUAAAACUACCAAAGUUCUGCUGGACUCUCAGAUUUAGCAGCUGCAUGUUAUAUACCCAUCCCAAGCUCCCUACAUGUGGACAAUUGGACAACGAUGGUCAACUGCCCAUGCAGUAACCAACAAAAGCCCUGCUGGGGCCUAGGCUUUAAUGUAGAAGCUGCUAAAUCCUGGCUAAUCCUGACUGUGAUUUGUUGGUAUUUGAAUUGUUUUUCUUCAUGGCUGCCUUCAGUCUUUUCUCCUUGACCUGCUAUUUCUGGAAUUCUGCUGCAAUAUUCCUUGGAGUUGUCAUUUUGGGGUCCCUUUUGGAGGUGACUGAUGUAUUCUUUAAAUGACAAUAUUACCUUCUGGUUCUAGGAUAUUCGGGCAAUUUUCCUUAAUAACUUCUUGAAAUAUGCUGUCCAGUGUUUGUUUGUUUGUUUUAAUCAUGGUUUUCAGGUAGUUCAAUGUUUCUUAGAUUCUCCUUACUGGAUCUAUUUUCAUUUGUUUUUCCAAUGAGAUAUUUCCCAUUUUCUUCCAUUUUUUUAUUCUUUUGAUUUUGUUUGAUUCUUGAUGUCUUGUAGAAGAGUCUAGCAAAGGGUUACCCUGAACCAGAGCCAGGGGUCUUUCACCCGGGUUACAAGACUUUUUGACACUGGAUUUCCUUUGAUUAGCUGUUGGGGGUGGGGGGCAGAGCCCUUUUUCCUAGUGAGGGUGUUACUGAGUAGUUAAAAGCAGCCCAGGACAUGGCUCAAUCAGGAGGAAGCUCUGGGGCCGCUGGGCAAGCUCUUCCCAAGGAGACGAUCCGGGAGAUCAGGGUCUGUCCAACCUGACAGGUGGGGGGAGGGGCAUGGAAGCCUGCCCAACACGCGGCUGUGCUGGCAUUGGCCCCCAGGCUCUGGCUCCUCGGCCAUCCCAGCCCUGACCACCGCACAGCCCUUUCUGGUUAGGCCCCGGGAAGUCUUCCCAUGACAUUUGCUCCCACAACUAGGGCCUCUUCCGGGCUCAGGGAAGCUUCCGGUCUCAGCCACGGCCCAUGAUCCUCCUCACAAAAUGAGCAGCUGGAGGGCAAACUGAUGACGUCAAGGACCGUGGACUCGCUCCAUUUGGGCUCUCUGCCCUUGCCCAAGAGGAGUGAGCUCUGGACACGGGAAUGGCCCCCAUGCUCCUGACAGCCAGGUCUCCCCAGGAGCCGGUGACCUUCCAGGAUGUGGCAGUGGUCUUCACGCAGGAGCAGUGGGCUUGCCUGGAACCUGCUCAGAAGGAGCUGUACCGGGAUGUGAUGCUGGAGACCUACCAGAACCUGCUCUGCCUGGGACUGGCCGUGUGUAAGCCAAGGGUGAUCCACCAGCUGGAGCAAGGGGAGGCUCCUUGGACACCAGAGAAGAGAGUCCUGGGGAGUGGCCAUCCAGAUUGGGACAAUAUACCUGAAACCAAGGAGUCAGCUCCCAAACUAGGCAUAUCUGGGGGAAAUUUUUCUCAAAAUACACUCACAAAGGAAGAUUUCUCUAUAUCCAGCUUGAAAAAAGCUUGGGCAUGUGGUGGAAAAUUACGGAGGCAACAGAGCAUUGAGGAGAACAUUUCUAAACAAGUAAAAAUCACUCAAAUCAAAACUUACAGUGAGGUAAGAAGCCAUGAAAGUAAUAAAUAUAACCAAAGCAUCAGUUUGGAACCAAAGGAUUUUGCUCAACAGAGAAUUUUCUUAGGAAAAGAUUUUCUCAGAUGUGAUUCGGGCAGAAAGAACUUUCUAUCUUCAGAACCAAGAAAAUGUCAUAGAACUUGCUCUAAGGAGAUAGAGUCUAGGUAUAAUGAAUGUGAUGAGUCCUUCACUUCUCACUCAGAUUUUAUUGCAUGUCAUAGAUUUUAUCAUAUAGAGAAACAUGAUUAUUCUAAUGAAUAUGAGAACGCUAUUAAUUUCAGCCCAUUUAUUAAUUCCCAUCAGAAUAUUGAUAUUGAAAAGAAUGCUCUUAAUUAUAUUAAAUUUGAGAAAGCUGCCAUCCAAAAUGUACAAUUAAUUGAACAUCAGAGAAUUCACACUGGAGAGACAACUGAAUAUAGUAAAUAUGGGGAGCUUUUCAACCAUGGUUUGUCCCUUGCUUCCCAUCAGAAGAUUCACACUGAGAAAAAACCUAACCAUUGUUUGAAGUCCUUCCUUCAGAGUUCGCAGCUUUCUUAUCACCAGCAAAUUUAUACUGAAAAGAAGCCUCAUGAAUGUAAUCAAUGUGGGAAGGCCUUCCAUCGGAAAGGACAGCUUACUCAGCACCAGAAAAUUCAUACUGGAGAGAAACCUUUUGAGUGUAAUGACUGUGGAAAGGCUUUCCGCCUGAGGGAGCACCUUACUCGACAUCAGAGGAUCCAUACUGGAGAGAAACCUUAUGAAUGCAAUGAAUGUGGGAAGGCAUUCCACCUGAGGGAACUCCUUACUCUUCAUCAGAGUAUUCAUACAGGAGAGAAACCUCAUAAAUGUGAUGAAUGUGGAAAAGCCUUCAGCCAGAGAGGACAUCUUAAUCUGCAUCAGAGAAUUCAUACUGGAGAAAAACCAUAUAAAUGUAAUGAUUGUGGGAAGCUCUUUCGUCUGAAAGAACACCUCACUCGACAUCAGAGAAUUCAUACUGGAGAAAAACCUUAUGAAUGUAAUGAAUGUGGGAAGUUUUUCAGACGAAGAGGACUUCUUACUCGGCAUCAGAUUAUUCACACUGGAGAAAAACCUUACAAAUGUAAUGAAUGUGGUAAAGCCUUUAGCUUGAGAGAAUCAUUUACUCGACAUCAAACUGUUCAUACUGGAGAGAAACCUUAUGAAUGCAAUGAAUGUGGGAAGGUCUUCAGCCUGAGAGGAUCAUUCACUCGACAUCAGAGUAUUCAUACUGGAGAGAAACCAUAUGAAUGCAAUGAAUGUGGAAAAGCUUUCCAUCUGAGUACAGAACUUACUCGACAUCAGAGAAUUCAUAGUGGAGAAAAACCUUAUGAAUGUAACAAAUGUGGAAAAUCCUUUCACGUGAGCACAGAACUUACCAGACAUCAGAGGAUUCAUACUGGAGAGAAGCCUUAUGAGUGUAAUGAAUGUGGAAAGGCCUUCCACCUGAGAGAAUACCUUACUCGACAUCAGAGGAUUCAUACUGGAGAAAAACCUUAUGAAUGCAGUGACUGUGGAAAGGCCUUCCGCCUAAGAGAACACCUUACUCGUCAUCAGAGGAUCCACACUGGAGAGAAGCCUUAUGAAUGCAAUCAAUGUGGGAAGGCCUUCCAUUUAAAAGAACUCCUUACUCUCCACUGGAGUAUUCAUACUGGAGAGAAACCUCAUAAAUGUAAUGAAUGUGGGAAGGCUUUUAGCCAGAGAGGACACCUUACUGUACAUCAGAGGAUUCACACUGGAGAAAAACCUUAUGAAUGUAAUGAAUGUGGAAAGGCCUUCCAUGCAAGAGAACUGCUCACUCUCCAUCAUAGUAUUCAUACUGGAGAGACACCUUACAAAUGUAAUGAAUGUGGGAAGUUCUUUAGCCAGAGAGGACAUCUCACGGGACAUCAGAGAAUUCACACUGGAGAAAAACCUUAUGAAUGUAAUGAUUGUGGGAAAGUUUUUCGUCUAAAAGAACACCUUACUCAACAUCAUAGGAUUCAUACUGGAGAGAAGCCUCAUAAAUGUAAUGAAUGUGGAAAGGCUUUCAGCCGGAGAGAACACCUUACUAGACAUCAGACAAUUCAUACUGGAGAGAAACCUUAUGAGUGUAAUGAAUGUGGGAAAUCCUUUAGCCUGAGAGGAUCACUUACUCGACAUCAGAGUAACAAAUGUCAUCCCAUAUUUGGAAAUUAAGCUAAGAUUGUAAGACCUAAAUAUGGACAACUACCAAAUUCUGAGAAGUAAAUUAAAGAACUGAAUAAUUGGAUGGAAUUCAGUGUUCAUAAUUUUUUUCUAGCAUAAUGAAACCAAUAUUUCUUAAAAUAAUUUACAAGUUUCAUAUAAUGUUCCUCAAAGUACCAAAAAAACAAAAUUUAGCUGUUCAAAUCUUUUGACUGGGCAUGUGACAAGAUCACUAGAAAAAACAGUAAUCCCUUGUUCUUGUUCAAUCAUUUUAGUCAUAGGUGACACUUCAUGGCUCCAUUUGGGCUUUUCUUGGCAAAAAUACUGGAGUGGUUGGCCAUCUCUUUUUCCAGCUCAUUUUACAGAUGAGUAAACUGAGACAAACAAUUACAUGACUUGCCCAGGAUCACACAGGUAUUGUAUUUAAACUCAGGUCUCCCUAAUUUCAGGCCCAGCACUCAGUCCACUGUGCCACUUAUGUCCAGAGGUUCCAUGGGUGACAACAUUUAUAAUACCUUUAUGGAUGCAAUGGUAGCAAAAAAUUAGGUAUGUAUCAAUUGUGAAAAGGCUGCACAAAUUUUGGGUGUGUGCUUGAGGUGGAAUAUUAUUGUGCAGCAAGAAAUGAUAAAUAUGAUAAAUUCAAGGAGCCAUGAAAUGAUUAUAUGAACUAAUUCAGAAAAAAGGAGAACCAGAAGAACAUGAAGCAGAAUGAUUGCAACAAUUAAAACUAAAUCAUUUCUAAAAUGCGUAAGACUACUUAUAUUGACUUGCUUUGUUCCCUGAGAAAAUAGGAGGAAAUAGACCUCUGUUCACUAGUGUGGUGAGGGACUAAGCCCAUAAACUCUUGUGUAUAAUAUCAGAUAGGGUUGCUUUGGUUGUUGGGUUUUAUUUAUUUGUUUUCUUUGUGACAAAAGAGGAUUUCAUGUAGAUGGUAUAUUUGGAAGUUAUUCUGGUGGUUAUAAAAAGCAUAAAUUAAAAUUAUUACUAAGAGGCAAUUUGACAAAUACCUCUUUAUUUUUACAUCUUAGAAUAAGGUCUUUGUUCUUUUCAACUCUCAGCUCAGUAGAGUUUGGUUGUAUAAACAGUCCUGAAUUAUAUCUAGAUUUACUACUUACUGCUCUUGGUAUUGCCCAAGCCAUUCUGAAUAAUUAACACCAGAUGAUAUAGAGUCCCAUUUCCCCUGUAGAUGGAGAUAGAGGAGCCCCAGUGCAUUUCAAUAUAUGUUCUUCCCUCAUGCUCACUUUGACCAAUAAGAAAUGCAGAUAGCAGCUGAACUGUUGUAGUGAAGUAAAAGGAACAGAGCAAAAUCAGUACAUCAGUGGUUAAGGCUGUCUCUGAAAUAAUUUGUGUCAAGGAUUAGGUGAGUGUGAGGCAUUUAUGGACUUCAC